AUGCUUAAACAAUUGAAACUUUGCAAUAAAAUUAGCGCAACUACGCUGGAGUCGCAAAUCCUGUUAGACCCUUCAAAAUUUAACGUGGUGAGGCUAACGUUUCAGGUAAGUUCUGCAAAUGGACAUAUGGGGGCUCGUAAGUUUUGGCAAACAUAUUUACCCACGUUAAAAUUCUAUAAUCCUACUUUGAAUAUUCAAGUUAACCGUAUCAAUAAUACGAACAAGAACACUAAAGUCCCCUGUAUCCUGGAGAUUGUGAAAGCCAACGGGGAAGUUACAGAGACGAUAGAAAUGUCUGGAAAAAGGAGUGAAGACAUUAUGAAUGAGUUUCUGAAAGUUGUAGAUCAUGAGAAAGUCCCUUCAGAACAGAUUGUGAAACUAUAA